AUGGCUUUGGCUCGGCUAGUGGAGAGGAUCGAACGAACGCUGUAUACGCACUACGAGGACAACUUUGUCUACUUCUUCGAACCGAACUUUGAAGCUCUUCCUCCGGAGCUUCUCAUCCAUCUGUUCCGCUAUCUGAACCCGAGCGAUCGGAGUGUAGCAUCGCUGGUUUGUCGCACCUGGUACGAUGCAUUUACCUACCUGGAGUUCCUGCGCUCCGUCUGUCUGCACAUUCACGACGUCGAGCUGGUCGAUAACGGGCAUCCGCUGAAAAGCCUGCUGACUUCCUUCCGGUACUUCACGGACGUGCGCGUCACGAAGGUGGUGUUUGGGAGUAAGAGCGAGUUCUGGAGCGAGUUUGGUGAGGCGAUCGAAAACCUUACGCUCGACAACUGCGUCAUCUGGAAGCAUAAGCUGCUGUCGAUCCUAAAGUACAUGCCACGACUGAGGGGUCUGUACAUCAACAACUGUCCGGAUCUGUUCAAGACUUGGAAGCUGUUCGAGAACGUGACCAUUACGUGGAAUCUGGUGCUGCCCGAGCUGAAACACCUCAAUUUGGCACGGAACAAUCGAUUCCUGGAGUUCCAUUUCGAUUAUCUGAUGAAUUUGGCGCCGAAUCUCGAGUCGCUCGACGUUUCCGAGUGCUUUACCAGCAUCGAGGCGCGCCAGCGUGUACUCAUGCUCAAUCACAUCCUCGAGUUUGUGCGGACGAACCGAAACCGGCUGCGGCAUCUCUUCCUUGGCGGCACGCCAAUCGACAACGUGUUCCUUCGCGGACUCGCCGACGUCGCGGGACUUUCGCUGAAGAGCCUCGCGCUGAUGGUGUGUGAGAAGAUUCCCACCAACGAGCCGGGUAUUAUCGAUCUGCUGCGCGUGCAAACCACCCUCACCCACCUGGACCUCUCGAAGUCGCUCGCGCUCAACGACUACGCGCUGAUUCAGAUCUCCAAAUCGAUCCCGCUGCUCGAAACGCUGAUCUUGAACCGGUGCUGGAUGAUCACGGACUACGGUAUCACCGCCAUCAAGAGCCUGGUCUACCUGCGCCACAUCGAUCUGACGAACUGCGAACGCAUCACCGACGCCGGGCUCGUGGGCGGCCUCUUCACACAUAACCGCAAGGACGUGCGCAAGCUGUACCUCGGGUUGCUGACCAACAUGAGCGACGCGGCGCUGACGAAGGUGUCGUUCGAGUUUUGCAACCUCGUCGUGCUCGACCUCGGCGGCUGCUCGAACAGCAUCAACGACCUCUCGAUACAGUACAUCUUCUACCACAUGACCAAGCUGCAGGAGCUCAAUUUGGACUGUUGCGCAAAAGUAUCCGACGCCGGCAUAACAGGGGAAAACUUGGAAGAGUUUGCAUUUUCCAUUUGGGACAUUGCGCUCACGUUCUCGAUCGCCGACUUGAGCGGAUUGCGCUCGCUGAAGCUCUCCGGAUGUUACAAAAUCACCGACACGUCCUUCGAGCGUUGCUUCCACUUCCGGGAGCUGAAGGAGCUAAGUCUGGCCCGGUUGCUGCAGAUUACCGAUCGGGGCAUCGAGAAGCUUGCGCUGGGCUGUCCUGCCCUGGAAGUGGUCGACUUCAGCGAGUGCCGCACGAUCACGGACCGGUGUAUCGAGAUCAUCACCAAGUGUGAGCCACGGUUGACGACGCUCAAGCUCCAGAACUGCCCGCUGAUCACCGAUAAGGCGAUCAAGUACAUCGUCGAAAACUGCCACGUGCUGCGGGUGCUAAACAUUCGCGGCUGCAUCAAGAUUUCGUCGUACGCCGAGAAGCGGCUGUCGGCCAUCAAGUCACUCCGGCAGCUGUACGGAAGCACUCGGGAGGAGCUUUGA